AUGUGCAGGAAACUUCUGGAUUUGGAAAUGAACCCUCUUGGUUUUGAUGCAGAGGAGAUGUAUCAUUUUCUUCUUCUUCGAUUUACCAGAACUCCAGCUCCAGUUCAGGACCAGGCACUCUCCUGGAUUCAGAUCCUGUCCAAGUUGGAUCUUGGGAUCCCAAUCCAUUUUCUGCUGAAGAUAUUCCAUAAUGGAGUGAAGGCAUUAGGACCUGAAUCCACUCAGGAAGUGUCCUUGAGGCUGAUACAACAACAAGGAAGUGCACCAUUGACUCCAGUGACUCUGCCUGGUUCAUCAGGGCCUCAGUUGGGCCACCUAGAUGAAAAUGAAAUCUGGCUCGGCUGUUUCUUGAAAAUGCUUGAUGUAUUGUUGAAACAAAUGGAAAUUUUGGAAGUGAAGCAUCAUCAGGGGUUGGACACAUUUCCUGGGCCCCAAGUUCUCUCUUUAUUGCAUCUCAUGCAUCAAAUUCCAUGGCCUGGAGACCACACCUGCACUGAGCAGGCAGAGAGAGAAGAACGUCGCCAUCAUCGGCUUGCACGAAAGGGUCCAGAGGAUGAAGUUGAAGACAUGACACCUCAAGUGAUGGAUUGCACCCUGUGCUUUCUGACUGAUAUCUGGUAUCAGCUGGCCAGAGACUUACUUUUAUAUCUCAUCCCACAACCCAUACCUGAACAAAAUGAGUUGUUGGAUGAUGAGCUGGUCCAUUCAACAACAGAAGCUUUAAAGCCCCUUUCAAGUGAAGGUGGUGGAGAGGCAGUUCAAAAGUCAAGCGAGAUGAAGCCAUCUGAUGUGGUCAUUACUCUUGGAGAACCUUCUACAUAUUAUUCAGGGAUUGCAACUGUUCCACUUUUGCCGCACAUUCAAACUGCCACAGUGGAGACAGUCCAGGAAGAUAUUGCCCCAAUGAUCCCCCAGGAGCGGGCUGUCACUGCAACUGCAAGAGCCAUCACCAUCACUGAUGAUGAUGUUGCAACGGCCAAAGUGGAAGUCGCAUCUGCAAUUGUGGUGAAUGAGAAUGAUGAACCAGUGCCUGUUGGGAGUGAAGAGAGUGAUCAUCAGUCUCGGGAACAGUUUUGGAUCACAUCUGUUGGAAAAUUCAAAUUCUCCCUCACUGAACUCCCUUGUCAGCUACAACUCAUAUACCAUAUGCUGAUUCAUUUACCAGAUCACCAUGAUGCUGAUGUGGUCUAUCACCUGCUCAUGUCCCUCAAGCAUCUCAUCAUUCAUGCUGAUAGCCUUGGUAUGGCUGCCAAAGAGCAUCGAGGUUUCCUCAUUUGGACCCAGGAGAACCUUACUAUUCAUAACAUGUGGCAGUUGUGCCAGACUCGUUACUCCCAUGUUGCUGAGGUUGCUGUGCAGGUUCUCCUUCAUUGCCUAGCACUCCCAGGUGGAAGUGAAGUUUUCCAUCAGAUCCUUCAACAUGAGUUCCACAGUGAGGAUUGGCAUGCACGAUAUGCUGCAGUGGAAAGUGUAGUAGUCCUGGGUUGGUUCAUGGAAACAUCUACUGUCCGUAGCAGUGGGAAUAUCCAAUCUUCACUUGCUACUGCCUUUUGCUUCCUUGUGGCUUCACUCUCUGAUCCAUGUUAUACUGUUGCCACAAGGACUAGUGUCUAUCUUGACACUUUCACUGAUGCUUCUCUUAAGUUGUUAUGUUGGUGCAUGGAAGUGCAGUUUGACUUGGUGAUCAUGGAUCGACCAAUGGUGCUGCAAACCCUCUAUCGUCUCUCAACAGCCCUCCCUCACCGGAACAUUCUAACUUGGGACUUCUUCCUCAAUCGUUUUGAUGCUCUGUUUUUGGAGGCUCAGAUUCAGCUUGAACGGGUUGGAGAAGUCCCCUUUCCUAGAGACUUGAAGAACAAUCAGAUUGGAAGUAAAGUUCUGCAGAGGAAACUAAGUCGUGCUCAGGAGGCUUUGAAUAUUGCUUCAAGUGAUUCAAGCAGUAUUCGUACUUUGGCCUCCAGUUUGGGCACUAAAUGGCCCUACAAACGUACUAUGUCAGCACCCUGUGCAAUGAUGGAUCGGUAUGCUUCUUCUAUUCAAGAUCCCAAAGAUCGACCAUAUGGACGUCAAGCAUCAGCCCCAUUAAUGUCAAAGCGCAAGGGGUCAAGGUUUUGGCCUGGUCAGUUCCUUGCUGGCAUGGGACUACCCAACAACUUUACUGAAAGCAAGAAUGAAGACAUGACAGAAGCUCUGGUCUUACAUCGAAGCUUGGAGCUGGAUGAGACAGAUCGAGAGACGCUUCAUCUCCUCAUAUUUUUACUCAUGCAUUUUUUAGCCCAUAAGGCUGAGGGUCUACUGAGAGAGGGUAAAGAAAUCCCAAAACAUCAAGGGAUGGUCAUCCAGCAUCUGACAUACUUCCUUGGAUACUUGCCUUCUGAACGUUCCUUCAUCACAUCUCCAUUUCGCAUUAGAAAUUCUCCAAUAUUCCAAGCAUUUAUCUCAAAUCUUCCUGAAUUGCUGGACAACAACAUGGCAUUUGGUGGAGACUUAGCCCCAAUGAUCCUGUCAGUGCUGGUGUUUGUCCCAUCACCACAAAAGACUCCCAGUGAGAAGUAUCCUCCUAAUUACUCCCUCUGGCUACUGGAUCCAACAUCCCGCUACUCGUGGCUUCUUUCUGCACUUAUCUUUCUCUACAAGUAUCAGUACCAUGCAGAACCACUGUCUGGGCAAGUCCAAGUGAUAGUACGUAUAGUCUUGAAUACUGUGGAAGGAUUUUUCCACCGAUGCAGGACCAUCCCACAUGGCUAUUUCUCCUCUGCUUCUCAACCUUACAUGGCCUUCAACACAAGUGAGACUUCUCUGGGUGCCCUGGAUUUCACAUUUGAGAUGCAUACUCCACCCUGUACCCCACGAAACUUUGAACAAAGAGCAACCCAAGGGGCAUCUGGCACGGGUACCAUAUCUAGUAUGGGUCCUCAUCGACAUUUGUCAAGACGGAUGGAUAGUACUUAUCCUGAUUCUGGCUUCACUGAUCCUGAUGUGGCUGAACCUGAAUUGGCAGUAAUUCCAGAAAGUCCAAAAUCAGAGAGCUCAGCUGAGAAAGAGAGCUUGACGGAGGAGAUGGAAGUAAUAGUGGCAGAGACAAAAAAGCCCCCAGUUGAAUAUGCAUGCAUCUCGGCUGUUGAAGUGAUUGAGCCCCAAGUGUUCCGUGUGAAACCAGCUUUGGUGGAGCCUUUGAUUCAGGUAGUUGAGGUGAAGCCAGUUGUAAUUCAACCUUCAUCUGCUGGGGACAAAGAUAGCCCACUUUCAAACCCCUCCUUUUCCAUCUCAUCCUCUUCCACUACUCUCAAAGAUGAUGAGGAUAUAACUUUGGAAGAGAAAGAGGAGGAGGAAGAUGACAAGGACGAGGGAGGGGACACAAGAUAUGGACGAUAUGGUCGUGUCUUUGAUUCUCAUCCUCGGCUGAACUGGAAAGUGAAAGAAGGUCCUUCACCAAGCAUUGCAGCUCGAAUCACAGAUCGGGGUAAAAGUCGAGAUCCAUCUACCAUUCUGGGUCAACUCAUCUCUUCCUUCCCUGUCCCUUCUCAGGAGAGACUUCUUCCUGUUGGAGGACAGGCACAACAUGGGAGGCCUGUUGCAUUGAUGGCCAUGCAGGAAGAGUCUGAAGAAGACUCAUCUUCAUUGUCCCUCCUUGUAGGCCAAGACUCUGUUGAAGACAACUUUGAUGAAUUUGAUGGGAAGCUGGGAUUGUGCAGUCCUUGGAAAAAUGAGAGAGAUCUCAUAGACCAGGCUCUACCACAGCAAGAACGUCUUUUGCCAAUUGGAACAAGGCAACUCUCUGCAACUGCUACUGCUAUUGCUGCUGUCACCCCUAUCAUCCUUCAGGACUCCUUUGAGAGUGAUGGAAGUGUGCACAUUCCUGGGAACUCUGUCAGCGUGGCUAAGCAAGCACUACGAUGCAUUCUUCACCAGCUUUACCCAAACAACAUUUUUCUCCAGAUCUUCCAGACCUUUGUCACUGAGAAGAAGAGGGUUCAGUUCUUCCGUACCCUCUCACAAGCCUUGUCAGAUUUCACUGAGCUUUCCCUGGCAUCUCCACUUCAAUCAGUCCUUGAGCACUACAGUGGGAAGAAGACAUUGUCAGCAGGGAAUCUUCCAACCCUUCUUUCAAACAUUGCAGUGUAUUUGGAAUCCCUUCCCCUGGAAUUAGCCUCUACUGCUCUGACUCCUCUGCUUCCUCUCUUUGAGUCACUCUUUCGAAAAAUCCUCAACAUCCUUGGAAGCCACCAUACUCUCCAGCCAGCCAUUUCAAUAAUUAUUGCAGUCCUCAAAAUUCCUGGAAUCAACACACAAAAGAGCAUCCUAGACCCAUUUUCCAAGGUUGUCUGCCAAGCACUGGAAUCAGGAGACAUUGGAUACUACACUUUGAUUGAUGUCUGCCACCUCUGCAACAGAGCCUUUGCACGUCCCAUCACUGCCACCAUUGACAAGAGCAUCAAGAAGGUGGUUGAGCAAUGGGUGUAUCACCAGUUGGGUGCCAUGCCAAUUGGUGGUCUGGACGUGGCACUGUCCGACUACAACCUCUUCAGACCCAUGAAUGAAGACCACAUAGGACAUCACUUUGAGAAUGAUAAGGAUGUGAAGAAUGUAGAACGAGAUCGAUUGCUGCUGACACGUUCAGUUGUUCUGCUGUUAGCCCAGGCACUACGUUUCAAAGUCACGCUUCCACCGUCCAGUUUCCUCAUCCUUGUCCAGAUGGUACUAUCAGAUGCAGGAGGCUCUUUCCCACCUGAAGUUCUUGUAAAAAUUCCUUCAGGCAUGCCAGAAGGUUCACUGCCUAUGGGUCCCUUCAACACGUGUGCUGCUGAAUGUCUUCGGGGCCAUCUCACUGACCUCAUCGAUUUUGUCACUGAUGUCCACACUAUCAGCAAAAUCAAAAGCAUGGUGGGGAGUGUGCAGCAGAGUAAAGAAGGACGAGCUUGCCCAAAAGCCCAUGAUGUGGAUCGUGAUGCCCUUGGAGGAAUCUUGAAGUCUGGCCUGGCUCAAUUCCUUGCACUGGAGAUUAUGCGAGGAAACACAAGAGAGAAUCGAGCUGUCACACGUCUUUUGCCUUGGCUCUCUCACACUCCUUCUCUCGUUCAGCAAGGGCCAAGGGAGUUUGUGGAUUGUGUGGCACACAUCCGGCUGUUAUCAUGGAUCUUACUGGGGGCUAUUAGAGGAGGACCAGGGAAGAUUCAGCCUCUGACGUUAGAAUCUUCAUGUCACCUUGCUGAUCACAUCCAGGUCAUCCUAGCAGGAUUCCCUGAACAGGCCAAGGCUUCUGUCAUCCAUAUGUCAUCUCUCUUUCAUGCUUUCAUCCUCUGCCAGCUAUGGACAUUGUAUGUUGAGCAACUUGGUAGUACACCAACUGGUGGAACUGGGGACCGAGAUCUGGCAUCUAAUGCAGCUGCCACUUUGACUGAUUUUUGGGCAAAAGUGACCCCUGCUCUUCUGCAACUCAUUUCACAUUCAAAAGUGCUGAGUGAGAUGGUGAAUCUGCACUUUUUGAACCUGAUGGAAUCUCUCCAAGAAUGUCGUUCCUUGACACUUAGCAAACUCCUCCCACUCUGGACCCCUGUGUUCUAUGCACAUAAUGCACAGGUUCCAGGUCAUCUUCAGGUGCGCCUUCAGGGCUGUCAGGCAUGGCCAAUGCCUGAAGGAACUGGUACUCCACAACAUCUUGCUGAAGGGAUUCAGCAUCUACAGGUCAAAUUGGCCCAAAUUGAAAUGCAGUCUUCAGCUGCCACUCAAUUCUAUUCCUCUCCUUAAACUUGCCCUCUUGGAAGGGGGACAAGGAUUCCAUAGGUUCAUAUUUUCAAGUGGGUGCUCCUUUAUGGGAAACACAGACUUAUUAUUAAACUCAGAAUCUUGUAUGGUAUGUAUUCUUGCCAAAUUCACUGAUAAACUUAGAUACAGAGAUAUUGUGCUGAAUAUAUUGUAUAAAAUGGUGC